CCGACUGCAGAACCUGCGCCAGCACGAGGCCAUGCACGACGCCAGCCUGCAGCGGCACCGGUGCCCGCACUGUCCGCGCUCGUUCGCCUGGCAGCAGACCCGGGACCGACACGUCAGCCGCGAGCACACGGGCGAGGAGCGCGUGGCGUGCCCCCAGUGCGGCGCGCUCUUCCUGCCCGGCUCGCUCCGGGGCCACCAGCAAAGGGUUCAUAUGAAGCUCAGGAACUUCUCGUGCGGUGUUUGCAACAAGACCUUUCACCGGAAAUCCGAAGUGGACGGGCACAUGCGGUCCCACACGCAGGAGCGACCGUUCGUGUGUGCCGCGUGCGGCCAGCAGUUCGGCCACCUCACGCACCUGCGGCGACACGAGGACAAACACCGCAGGGCCGCCGAGGAUAGAACGUCGGACGAACGGGUGGCGGCGGAAGACGCGCGGCCACGUCGCACCUACCAGGGCCGCCGGGCGCGGCCCGACAUCGUGCACGACUCGCUGCUGAGCGCGUGCAUCCCGCUGCGCGAGGACGAGAUGACGCUGGUGCCGCUGGCCGCGCCGCCGGCCGGGCACUACGUCACGCUGAUCGGGCCCGAGCGCACCGAGUACCUGCUGGUCGACAUGGUCAAGGCUGACGAGCCGCCGUCGACGGCGGGCCUCGAGUGAGCGCGACGGUGGCGCUGAUCAUGUCACCGCUGAUGCAGAGGACGCCACCGGCUCAGCGGUGGCGCUGGCCAUGUCACCGGGCCGCGCCGGUGCAGAGGGCGCCACCGGCUCAGCGGUGGCGCUGGUCAUGUCACCGCGCUGCGUCGGUGCAGAGGGCGCCACCGGCUCAGCGGUGGCGCUGGUCAUGUCACCGGGCCGCGCCGGUGCAGAGGGCGCCACCGGCUCGGCGGCGGGACUGGCUGUAUGGGAUGCUGGGGCGUCGUGUUGGGGGGCUCGGCGGGCGCUGGUGCGACUGCACCUGGUGACGGGCGCUGGCGGAGCGCUGAGUGGCGAUCCGGCCUGGCCUGGUGUCGGUUGGUGACGGGGUUUGUAGAGGCCUCCUCCAUCGGCUCUGAGUGGGACACCCGUCGGCGCCGGAUUUUUCGGAGCCGUCGCUGGUGACUCAUUACCUAUGUUAUGGCUCGGUUGACGCGUGAGGCAGUACUGGAUGGGUGAUGGUUUGAAGUUUUGAUCGUUCCGAGGAUGUCGGCCCUAAGCUCGAUGUAGCCAACGCAAAGUGGCGGAUAAAACGCUCGGGAGUGAAAACCAAGGCUCAGAAAGAGUAGAAAUAAAAGUACCCGUCAUUCAUAUAGUCAUUCCCCUUUACGAUACAGGGCAGCAUGACGGACGUAGCCAGGUGAGUCUCCAGGUAGGCUAGCAGGCAGGCUCAGCUAAAUUCCGUAUUCAGGAGUGAAAAAUCAUACAAGAUUUGAACCGGAAUACGGAAAACUAUCCCUCGUAGGGUGUAAUCCACCCUGGUGAAACAAUCCUAUGACUAUGCCCCGUAGAUGCUCAACAUGUAGGAGCUGCCGCUACACCCCGCGGGUGUAGCUCAGCCAUGUUUGCAUGCCUUGUGAGGGUGUUGCCCGUUUGUAAAGCCCGUGUGAGGUGGCUUCUGGCGUUUUACAGCCCUGCUGGACGGGCGGGUGCUGUCCGCCAUGCUGGGCGCUGGACGCGCUCGUUCGUGUCCGCUCACUGGGAGUGUCCCGCGGUGCCGCGUCGUCGUGAGGCUCACGACACGUCAGUGGGGCCUGGCACAGCGGCGCCGGCGGUGGGACUGCCCAGAUCAGGACAAUUCUCCUGGGAGUUCAGGCUCAAUGUGUGGGCCGCGAAACCUCGCUGGCGUGUGACCCAGCGAAGCUGAUGGGAGAUCCUUUUGCCGGCUGUUUCGUAUUGUGCUGCUGACUGUAUUGUCCCGUUAUUACUAGUUGUGACUGGUAUGCAGUGGUUUUAAGAAUUUUGGGACAAUUCUGGUCCUAGUAAGGGAUGAACUAAUUUUAGAGAAAUGGGCGGCACUUGCAUCUGUAAAACAUUUGUCUGUAAACAUCAUCUGUAAGACAGGCCCCACGCAAGAUCUGGAGUUUGGUUUGGUUGGCGGUGUUAUGCACGGAGACAUCGGACGCGAGUUUACAGGUUUGCCAGGCUGGCCCCAAAUCACUGCCCCACGAAGAACGUGUCUCGGAAUGCAUUGGGCUUCUUGUCUCUGUCCGCGUGGGACGCGUAUUUCGCCGCUUUAACUGUGGUCCUGGAUAGUGCUGUGACGGAAGCUUUAGACGACUCAACCGUUGGUGCCAAAUAAAUGUUGACAUUGUG